AUGGCGGCGGCGCGGCCGCGUCUGCGCCUGCGCGGCGCCCGCCGCCUUCCCGCUCCGCCCUCGCGCCGCGCUGAGGGGAGCGGAGGGCGCCGCGACAUGGCGGCCUACCUGACGCACCAGCAGAAGGUGCUGCGGCUCUACAAGAAGUCCCUGCGGCACCUGGAGUCCUGGUGCAUCCACCGAGACAAGUACCGCUACUUCGCCGUGCUCCUGAGAGCCCAGUUCGACCAGCACAAGCAUGAGAAGGACAUGGUGAAGGCCACGGAGCUGCUGAAGGCGGGAGAGCAGGAGUUCUGGGAGAGGCAGCACCCGCAGCCCUACAUCUUCCCCGACUCGCCGGGGGGCACGGCCUACGAGCGCUACGAGUGCUACAAGGUUCCUGAGUGGUGUUUGGAUUUCUGGCAUCCCUCCGAGAAGGCAAUGUAUCCCGAUUACUUUGCCAAGCGAGAGCAGUGGAAGAAGCUGCAGCUGGAGAGCUGGGAUAAAGAGGUGAAGCAGCUGGAAGAGGAAACUCCCCCCGGCGGCCCCAAGACGGAGGCGCUGCCUCCGGCGCGCAAGGAAGGGCGCCUGCCGCCGCUCUGGUGGCAGUACGUGACGAGGCCCCGCGAGUCCCCCAUGUGACACCGUCCCCUGCACGGUGAGUUGGAGCGCGCCC